AUGCAUAUUUUGUCAAAGAGAAUUCCUAAGUUUUUAUCAAUUCUCACAUGUAUAGUGUUAUUUGGUUGCUCAAUUUGUCUAAUUUACAUAUUCUCUUUAGAAAAUGACCAAGGAAAUCAGCUUAUUUUGAGCAAAGAAGAAGAAAACCUAAAUGUUUUUUCAUCAGCUAAAGAUCAAGACAUUAUAAUAGAGAAUCUUAAAACUUCACUUAUACUACUUAAUAGCAAUAAUGAGACAUCAAAAACACCAAUUACUUCAUGGCCUUUAACCCAAUACCCAGAACUUCCUGAUGAUGGCAAUGUUUCAUGCAUCCCAAAAUCUUUUGGGUACACCCAAGAACAAGCUGACAAAUUAUUUGACCCAAAUCGAAGGUUUUAUAACUGUGCUGAUCGAUCUGUGUCUACUGAAAUAAUCAGCAUUGCCAAUGAUACUUUAUAUACAUUAAAAUGGCAUGGAGAGUCAACCCGCCCUCUUAAUAUCUGCUCAGCAGCACCAGUCACAUUCCUACUAGCCAAUAAGGACCAAUCCCAUGCACUAUAUCGGUGUUGUGUCCUUGUAAGACAAAUUGACGGAAAAUUUAUUUUCCGAUUUUUUUCAGAGAAGACCAGGAUUGGUAAGCAAGAAAGCUUUAGAGUAUUAUGGAGGCGAUAGCGCCUGAAAUAUGACUACUGGGACUUCUUUUAAGUUUAAAUUAAGUUUAAGUCAAUGAUACUUUAUAUGUAAAAUGCCUUGAGUUCCAAACGCCAGAAUAUGUUUUAGGAGGAAUGCUAAACGAUGAGCAAUUAGGGGAAAUACCAUUUAGAAGUCGAUGGAGGCCUUAUGAUGGACCAGUUGAUUUUAAAGAUAGAGAGUUUGCUUUUGCAAGAUGCUAUAGGGCAAAGAAACAAGCCAUACUUGCUCCUCCUUAUGAGCGAGAAAAAAUUUUGAAUAAGUCCUAAUUUUGGGGAAAUUAGAACCUUUGAGAGCAUUCAAUAAAUAUUUUAUAUAAUCAAUUAUUAUGUAUUAGUUGAUUUCUAAUAGAUGUAUUAAAUUCUAAGGUAUAAAUUUUAUAGUUUUUUAUUUGAAAUAUUAAAAUAUUAGAAAAUUGAGUUAGGAAUAAUUUUAAUAAAACAGCUUCAGAUCGAGCUUUUGAAAAAACUAAAAAAAUAGCUGAAGAGCUCGGUAUGAAAACUAAGCCUAGGCCACAAACUGUCCUUAUGAUUUUAUUUGAUUCAGUAUCUCGGCAGCAUUUCUAUAGAAAUUUAAGAAAAACAAUAGAAUCACUCAACACUGAAAUAAUUGACAGCUCUUUGUCUAAUAGAAUUGUUAUGUACGAUUUUAUUAUAAAUAAUGUCCAAGGAGAAAACACAAUUCCUAAUUUAGUCCCUUUACUCUAUGGCUACAAUUUAAAACUACUCCAAAAAAAAUUAUCAAAAUACUCAAUAGCCCAUAAAUCUCACUGACAAUAUUUUGAAGCCCUGCAAGAAGAAGCUAUAUGAAAGCAUUAUGAGAGACAUGGAUAUGUAACAAUGUUUGGAUAUGAUACAGUAUGAGACUAUUUAUCAACCUGUACAGGCAGAAAAAUAUUAACUGAUCAUGUUGCUACUAAUUUUUGGCAUGCUGCAAGAAAAAUGUAUGGAUACUUAGACUUCAUUGAGAGACAAAGAUGUUUUGGGGCUCAUCAUUCUCAUUGGUAUAUGCUUAAUUAUGCUAAUCAAUAUGUUAUAAAUUAUCUUGGAAAUAAUAGAUUCGGAUAUGUCCAUUUGUCACCAGCUCAUGAAAGUACAGGCACUGUUAUACGUACAGUUGAUGAUGAUCUAAAAGAUUUCUUUAUAGAUCUUUUAUAUUUCUUAUAUGAACACCCUGAAGAAGAUUUUGUCAUACAUUUAAUGUCAGACCAUGGAAAACACUCAAAGGAGUGGGACAAACAUACUGAAGGAUACAAAGAAAACCAGUUGCCUAUGCAUAUUAUGAUUACUAAUAAAGAAUUAAUUGCAAGACUAGGGUCAGACACAGACUCUAUCUUAAAACAUAAUACAAAAAGACUCGUAAGCAGAUUUGACUGAUAUAUUACUUUUAAACAUAUUGCACUAAAUCCUUAUGGAAAUUUGUUAAUAUCAUCUGAACUUUAUAAAGAAUGAAAGACACUACCUGAUACACAAAAUGGGGUUUCUUUAUUAUUAGAAAAAAUAAAUGAUGGGUGCAGAACAAAUGACUUUGCCUUUUUAAUAGUGUUAGACAUUUGACUGAAAAAACCCGUUAAUUUUUCGGGCCAAAUGUCCGCACUAUCAAAAAUUUUCGAACAAAUGGAUUUCGAUCAAAUGUACACUGUAAAAAAUUCACGGUCAUUUUGACAUGGAGCCUAAAUGAUGAUAGGAGCUGUGAUAAUGUCGCAAUUCCAAACUUUUUGUGCUCGUGCUUUACAUUUACUGAAAUCCCAUUAGAAAUCGCAAAAGAUACCCCUGGUAUUAAUAAUUUAAUUGCAUUAGCUUUGGAGUCAAUGAAUGAGAAUAUCAAGAAUAAUAAGCAUGAAGACUUUUGUAGAAAAGUGUCUUUUAAAGAGCUAGUGACUGCAGAAAUUCAGCAACUAAAGGCUCGGGAAAAAGGAGGAAACAAAAUUUAUAGAAUUCGAAUUUCUAUAAAUGAGGAUGAAGACGCUAUUUUUGAAAUUUUUGGAUAUGCUGUGAAAGCAAAUGCUAUUAUCAACUAUUUUAGGCCAAAUGAUGAUGGGCUUAAUCCUAUUACUUAUUAUAAUGAAACAGAAAAAAAACUAAUGGCAAUUCAGCUGCAAGGUAUUGAAAGGGUUGAUAAUGUUAAAGCCAUUUGUGAAGAAAUCGCAAAUCAAAUUAAUGAAAACUCAGAUACAUGCAUAUGUAAACUGCCUCAAGAACUUAAUAUUUCAUCAAUUUCUAAAAAAUGGGAAGAAGUGAUUGGGAAUUUACUUACUCCCCCCCUCCGUGAGUGAACAAAAAAAUUUUGUUCACUCACGGAGGGGGGUUAAUUUUUUUUUUUUAAAAAAAACAUUUAUAUAUAAAUUUUUAUAAAAAAAUUUUUUUUUUCGAAAUUUAAAAAUUCCUAAUUCGCAAAAUUGGAAAGCAAAUAUUAAUUCAAUUUGCAAAAUUUAUGUUUUUAAAAAGCAAUUCGUUUAAAAUUAAACAGAAUUAGCUCUAGAUUUCAUUAUAAUAAUUAUUAUUUAUAUAUCAAAAUUUUUUUCUAUAAAAAAUUUUUGUUCACUCACGGAGGGUGGGUUUUUGGGCAAAAAAUAGCGAUUUUUCUAAUGGUUUUGUUCACUCACGGAGGGGAGGGAGUUAAUAAAUUAUCAAUUAUUGUAGGAGAAACUCAUAGCUUAUGCUCAGAAAUUUGUGAAGCUGAAAGCCUCUCCUGCCAAAGCUGAGGAUUUCAGUUGUUGAACAAAGCUGAAAUCUUAAAAAAAGACUGAGACCCAAGAAAUCCGCUAAAAGUGACAUUUGAGGAAGGAAGAGUAGCAUUAUUUAAUGAGCUAAAAAUAUCAAGAGAAAUUGUAGGCUUAGGACUGGGUUUAAUACAAAAUAACGAUAGUUUUGACUUGAUGACCUACUCUGAGAAGAAUAUAACUUGUUUUACCGUAGAAUAUGGAGUUCAACCACUAUGCCCCUGCCAGUAA